AUGCAAAGGAUUCUGAUUAACAAUCAUGAAUGGGAAGUGCCUAAUGAGCCAGGCUGGGAAGAAGUUAUAAGAGAAGCAGAAGAGGUACAACAACGACAUUUUAGUUCAUGUUUAACAGUUGCUGAAUGCCGUCAAGUUGUAAAUGAAAUGCGUGCUGUUUUUUCUCGUUAUCCAGUAUCUAAGAAAUAUCUUGACACAAGUCAAAAUGAUGCGAAUGACAAAUUUUCAUCAAUAUUCAAAUGGGGUUAA